AGCGCUCAGUUCGGUUUGGUAGGCGAUCGAGAACGGUUGCCCAGGUGAACGGUGGAGCGCUGUUCGCCAGAGUCGCGGAAUUCGGAUCGGGCAAUGAAAUGAAAACAACAACCUGAAACCGUAUACUUAAUACGCGUGUGUGUAGCUCAAAAAAACAAGAAAAAUAUAAAUAAACAAAACUACAUUGCUACGUCAGAAGACUGCAAACAAAAGAUAUGAACGCAGCGCUGACGUCGCCGCCGCCAAGGUUCGAAUCAGAUAUAUCUUGUCGUUUUACUUUCCGCCCAUUUUUGUGUUUUGUUUUUAAUAAGUUUACAACUUUACAAGUGUGGUGAUUUUUUGUUUUUCGUUCUUACUUUCGUGUGUGCAUUUUCGCCAAGUGAUUUGCGUGCAGCUCAAGGGGAGGAGAACUGCAUUCGAGGCCCUCGCGCUCCCCGAUCUUUCCGAUCAGCAGUGCCUUGAGAUUGCCGCUUUCGAAGUGAACGUUCCGAUGUGGAAACCUUAUACUCAUGUCUAAUUACACAAGCUAUAUUCCCUGGCGCAGACUAAAUCAGCUCUAAAGCGGGCAUAAGAGCUCGAAAAUUUAUUGCUAUCCGGUCAUAAAUUUUGGAACGGAAGUAGGACGUUGUAGUUGAAUUUCGGUUUGGAUAUCAUGGGCAGCCGGCCAGCCGGUUUCGUCCUGGACGCCAAGUCCAUGGGCCUGAAUCCGUCGAGACCUCCAUCGCCUUCACCAUCAACAUCACCAUCUGCCAGCCAAAAGUGUCGGCAGGUGCAGCCAACCGAAAAGAGUGCCAGCCGUCUACAUGCACAGUCGUCGGUAGAAGCCUCCUCCCAUGUCCAGUGCACUGCCAGCACCGAGACGAUGUCCACCGAUCAUUACCGCGAUCUGCUCCAGAAGCUGCGGGAGGCCAAUGGUGACGCUGGCGAUAUGAGCUUCGAGCUGAACAACAUAUUUCUGAAGCGGCUGGACGAUAUUGACUGCCUGGAUGAGCACGAAGGUGAUGACAUGGGCACUUUACAGCUGCGCCUGAACACUUUCCAGGAGUGGGUGGAUUUCCUGCUCCACGUAAACAGCAUGAUCUUGGGCAACGUCUCGGACUUGGAGAAGGAGACGUACAGCAAGAUCGUCGCCUGCACUCAGUCCGUCCAAGGACAACAGCAACAGACCCUGGAGGAGAAUCGCCGGCUGCGGAAGGACAUCUGUGCGAUCAUAAAGCAUGUGCAGACCUCUCCGCACUGCAAGGCCUUUGACUUUCGCGGCGUUUCCCUGGAGACACUGACCGUGAAUCAAGUGCAGGGCAGUGGAAAGGAUCAUGCCCGGCCGGAGUGUGAGAGCGAGAAGAUGACCGAGAGCAUGAAGUCCUUAGUCAGCGAGAUCGCCGCCAAGCAUGACGAGAUCUGCAACUUAAAGUCGCAGAUCAAGGACUUGGAUGACUUCGUACAAACGGCCAGGCAGAAGUUACUUUUGAAGGAUCAGUGCAUAGCACAGCUCAAUCAACAGCUGCAGGAGAUCACACAGUGCAUUGAGAUCAUGUCGGAGGCACAGGACACGAAACGGGACCAGGAACACUUGGAGGAUGCGCCCGGUGAUUCGUUGAUCGCAGAUGCGAUUACAAACGAUAUGCUCGAGAAUCUCUCGAUACACGACAACCAGGAAAGUGAGAAGCUGCGGCUGCUGAACGCGGAACUCAAUGAGCUCUUUGAUCUGUACGGCAAGCAGGAUUACCAGGCCAUAGAGAGUAGGAGAAAACGUCUGUCCUGUUUCUUCGGCGAGCUGGCAACCGAGCGCGAUGAUACUGUGAAAAAGCUCGAGACCAUACGCAGUCAGCUGAGAAUCCUCCAGUCGGACCUCGACCAAUCCUGCCUAAACCCGAUUGCUCACGAAACAGGGCACUGUGAGCUGGACGCGGAUGGUCAGAUGCUAGAAGCCCUACGAAGACGCCUGCUCACCCUUAACCAGGUUAAUCGGGAACUGCACGGCAAGUACCAGCGCUUGGACACCGAGUCGAAAAAGCUCCAGGCAAGGAUUGAAUCGGAAAGCGGCAUUAAUCAAAGGAAUAGCGAUGUUCUAAGGGAGAUCGCCGAUCUAAUUUGCAAGUUGGGUUCAAUGGAGUUCUCCUACAACGAGAUCUACGACGAAUCCUCUAAGGAGAACCCUUUUUGUGCGACCAUUGCGGAAUUGUUCGAACUGAGAUCCCAGCAGGGGCAAAGACAAGCGGCAAAUAACGAACACCUUGCCUGCCAAAUCCAAGGACUGCAGGACAAUCUCAAGGAUCGGGAUAACCAAAUUGACCGGCUGCAGUCCAUGAUCAAGAGCUACUCCGAUUUCAGCGAGAACAAUCGGCUCAAAGGGGAGAUGCAUGAUCUCAAACAGAAGAAUUGUGAUCUGUCCCGCAAAUCGCGGGAACUCUCUACCAUGCUGAAGAACCAAGAAGACCAACGCGUGGAGCUGUGCACGAAGUACGAGAACCUGCUGGCCAGCUUUGAGGAGCAGUGCCAGGAACUCAAGGGAGCCAAGAAGAAAGUGCACAGUCUGCAAACGCGACUGGACCAGGUGGAGCAGCUGCAGGAUGAGCUACGAACAGAGCGCAAAAUGCUGCGGGAGGAGGUGAUCGCCUUGAAGGAGAAGGAGGCUGUGUCAGCGGGACGCGAGCGGGCGCUUCAGGAGCAACAAAAAAAUGCCCACUCGGAGGUGGAGAAGAUGCGCACCCUUAUUCGGAACAUGCAGGGCCAUCUGCAGUUGGAUGACAUCAGGCACCGCGAAAGUGUCCAGCGGAUGAAUGAGACAACUGAGUCACUGCGUGAGGAAUUGCGCACCAUUUCCGACAAUUGCCAACAAAUGCAGAUCCGCCUGAGCCAACAGAGCGAAGUUAACCAGCAGCAGGAGCAGAUUAUCGACUCCUUUCGAAAGUGGAAGGACGCGCAGGUUAGGGCAGAUGAGGCGAUGCGUCAAUGCGCCAAGCGGUCCGAGAAACACAUCCAUAUGCUGCUGGAAGAAAACCGGACGCUGGCCGAGGACUACCGCAUUCUAUACCGCGACAACGAGCUCUUGGAGCUGGAGAUGAGACGAGUGAAGCAGGCGGUCAACUGCGCCUCCAGUUCCGCGAAGAGUUGUCCACCUGAGACGAGUGGCGGUCGCACCAAUGCCGAGGCGGUGAACACAAUGGCCAGGCGAUUGCAGAACUUGACCAGCACAUCCCAGCGAAUUUCUAACCAGAAUCGUACUCUCAACGAUCAGUACUGCAACCCUUUGAUCUCACGAAGCCCAUCUGGAAUAGGGCAACCGGUGGCCCAAUCCACAUUGCGGCCUGCUCGAUCGUCUGAGGAUCUGUCGUAGGGGCAGCAGACUGGAUUUGCAUGACGCUUCCAUUCCAUUCAAACAUCGUUCUCACCCAAAAUCUAUGCCAUCAGCACUUGAGGCGCGUAAUUUGUAAAUUAUCUUGUAAAUUGUGGUAGAAAAUAAAAACUAAGUGCUUGUGU